AUGCCUGAAUUCUCCAACAAAUCUUACGUCCUGGAGGACAAGUACGAGUACAUGGAUUCUUUGGACUCGAUGAUCGGGAUGGGAGCAUUUGGAGCUGUUUUCAAGGGCAACGUUAAGGACUCGGAAAAUCCGGUAUUGAAUUACAAUACCCCAUUUACAUGUGACUCACUGUGAAUGGUUUCAGGUGGCCAUUAAGCGGAUGCUCCGUGUGCACGUUAAAGAGAGCGAACUGAAGAUGAUCAAGUGAGCAGCUGACUUUGAAUUUCACUUUCAAAAUUAUAUUUAGGGAUCUGAAAAGUGAGUUCCUGGUUGGUGUUCUGGACAUUUGCAAUCACGACGAGUUCACGUGCUGUCUUAUCAUGGAACUGUGCGACUGCGAUCUCGACCAUCACAUGCGCAACAUUUCAGUGAAAGGCCGACUCAACCCGUCCAACUUCAGGCAAGUUAUCUAUGUAUUCACAGAUUGAGAUAAGCAUACUGGAAAAAAAACAUGUUUUGAUUCUAGACGGGAAGCUUCCCUUUCUUGGCAUGCUAGAAACCAAGAAUAUCUCAUCCGUUCGCUUUCAGACUGCUUCUCGAUAACAUCGCCCGGGGAUACAAAGCUCUUUAUGAGUUGAAAAUUGUGCACCGAGACAUCAAACCACAGAAUAUUCUCAUAACAUACACUGAUGAGUCAAAACAAAUCGCCUGUGCUCGGAUAACAGACUUUGGUUCGUUGUUUUUGUCAUCUCAUUCAGCAAAAAAGCUUCCUUGUUUUCUUUCUGUGUCCCAAAGUAAUCCAAUUUCUGUGUUGCUGAACUCAUUUCAUUCGACCAAAGAGUAACUUUUCUUUAGGAAUAGCCAGAACUCUGGACGACGACGGAGAGGAGCUGUGCAAUGUCGCCGGAACUUUCUACUACAUGGCUCCUGAAGUCGGUGCAAACUUAUUGAAGACAUGUCAGUACGACUCGAAAGUCGACAUGUGGAGCAUCGGAUGUCUUCUAUAUCAAUGUGUCACUGGAGAGGUAAGAACUCUCGAAAAAUGGUCCCCUGGGGGACUUUUAAAGGAUGACGUAGAUAACUUCAUAUUCGUCCUUUUUGUAGGUCCCAUUCGACGAGUGCAGCCUCUGUAAGCUGUUUCUUUAUGUGGCGGGGGCUAACUUCGACGCCUACGAUCCGCCAGAGUUGCCCGAUGAACUGAGCCAAGAAGUGUCAGGGAUUAUCCAGUCGCUUUUGCAACUCGACACCUCACAAAGAUGCACCCCAACGCAGUUCUACAACAAAGCGAUCACCUGGAGCCAACAAAUAUGUUAG